AUCUGAUUCACCAACCAAUAUAAUUGGGAUUUAGGUCACUUUUUCAUCUCAAGAUUUUGUACCAAUAGGAAAAGCACUCAUAGUUUCUCUUCAGAGUAUUACUUGGCUCUCUUUAUCGGAGAAGAUGGAGAGCUUGCCGACUACGAAAUCGGAGAGACGAUGGAGAUCGAAGCCUCUUCAGGCAUCGAAGCCUUCUCUACUGAUGGCCUUGUUCUCUUGCAUGGCUUGGCUCUAUGUAGCUGGACGGUUGUGGCAGGAUGCCGAGAACAGAACCUUACUAGCUGAUCUUCUCCAGAGAAAUGCAGGCCAGAAACCCAAAAUCGUAUCAGUAAACGAUAAAUUGGCAGUCCUCGGCUGCAAAGAUCUGGAGAGAAGGAUUGUGGAAGCCGAGAUGGAUCUGACAUUAGCCAAGAGUCAAGGGUUUCUGAACAAGAACCAUUUGAAACAAACUGGCUCUUCUUCUCGAAUUCUUGCUGUUAUAGGAGUGUACACUGGAUUUGGGAGUCGAUUGAAUAGAAAUGUGUUCAGGGGAUCUUGGAUGCCCAGAGGCGAUGCUUUGAAAAAGCUUGAAGAAAGAGGCGUAGUCAUUCGUUUUGUAAUUGGUCGGAGUGCUAACCGGGGUGAUAGCUUGGAUCGUAACAUUGAUGAGGAAAAUCGUUCAAGAAGAGAUUUUUUGAUUCUGGAAGGUCACGAGGAAGCCGAAGAAGAGUUGCCCAAGAAAGCUAAGGUCUUUUUCAGCACAGCGGUUCAGAAUUGGAAUGCAGAUUUCUAUGUCAAAGUUGAUGAUAACAUUAAUCUUGAUCUUGAGGGGUUAAUUGGGCUUCUUGAACGUCGUCGUGAUCAGAAGAACAGUUCUUAUAUUGGGUGCAUGAAGUCGGGAGAUGUUGUGGCUGAAGAGGGAAAGCCUUGGUAUGAACCUGAAUGGUGGAAAUUUGGUGAUGAGAAAUCUUACUUCCGGCAUGCUUCUGGUUCUCUUUUGAUUCUCUCUAAUAGUUUGGCUCAGUAUGUGUACAUAAACAGUGCUUCUUUGAAGACUUAUGCUCAUGAUGAUGUAUCAAUAGGCUCAUGGAUGAUGGGUCUUCAAGUAACAUAUAUAGAUGAUAAUCGGUUUUGCUGUAGUAGUAUUAGACAAGACAAAGUGUGUUCUCUAGCCUGAUCAAGGAGAGACAAUCCAAUCUUAGCUUGUUGGUUUGUGUGAAGAAAUUGACAUGUUUGUUGUUAUA